AGAUAGGAGAGUGUGGCUUGUAGUUCAUUUUUGAAUUGUCAACGCGCUGUUACAGCAUCACUCCCCAGUCUUCACUACAACAUCGAUAAAAACGAAGUCAUUCUGACUAAAUAGUUUCCCUUUUUAACAUAAACUCAAGAGUAUUAUAAUAUCAUCAAAUUUCAAAAAGAGAAAGAUAGAAACAGAGAGAGAGAAGGAACGAGAAAGAAUCAUGGCAACUGGAACUAUGGAGGUCUUGCUAGUGAAUGCAAAGGGUCUUGGAGACACUGAUUUCAUUGGUGACAUGGAUCCUUAUGUUGUGCUUCAAUACAAAGGCCAAGAGCGCAAGAGCAUAGUAGCCCGAGGACAGGGAAGUAACCCAUCAUGGAACGAGAAAUUCAACUUCCGGGCAGAGUAUCCAGGCUCUGGAAACAAUUUCAAGCUCAACCUCAAAAUUCUAGACAAGGACACUUUCUCAGCCGAUGAUUUCAUAGGCCAAGCAACGAUCUAUGUGGAGGAUUUAUUGGCAUUAGGAGCUGAGAAUGGAGCUGCUCAACUACAUCCUCGUAAGUACAGUGUCAUUAGUGCCGACCAAACUUAUAGAGGAGAGAUUCAAGUUGGUGUAACUUUCACCAUCAAGGCAGAGGCUGAAAAUGAGGGAGCAAAGUUUGGAGGAUGGCGGGAAAGCAGUUUCUAGUUUCCUUUGUUAUUACAUUUAAAUUUUAGCAAACAAUGAAAUUUCCUUUUCCUCGUUCUGGGUCUAGUAGUGAGUAGUGAUUAACAUUUAGUUAAAGUCAUUAACAAAUGCUAUGUUUUGUUUUUCUCUUUUUUUCUUUAAUCUUUUGUUUUUUUUAUUAAUCUAACUUUUCUUUUUUGAAAUUUUAA